AGGAACAAGGCCUGAUGAAAGUGAAAGAGGAAAGACAAGAUCUGAAUGAAGUGGAGGAGAAGCAUCAGGAUCAGAAAGAUCAUGAUCUCAACACUGGAGAAAAAUCAGUGAGUUUCUCUAAAACUGAAAACGGCAACAUUCAAAUACCAGAAGUCAAAAAGCCUUUCAGCUGCUCACAGUGUGGAAACACUUUCAAACAGAAAAGAAGCCUUAUGUACCACAUGUUAGUUCAUGCUGGAAUAAAGCCUUUCAGCUGCUCUCAGUGUGGAAGGAGUUUUACACACAAAAAGCAACUUAGUGAUCAUGUGCAUAUUCACUCUUCAGAAAAGCCUUUCACCUGCCCUCAGUGUGGAAACACUUUCACACGUAAAGGAAGCCUGAAGAAUCACAUGUUGAUUCACAAUGGAAUAAAGCCUUUCGUCUGCUCUCAGUGUGGAAAGAGUUUUAUUCAGAAAGGACACCUGAAGGUUCAUUUGAUAACUCACUCUUCGGAAAAGCCUUUCACCUGCUCUCAGUGUGGAAUCAGUUUUGCCUAUAAACAAGGAUUUAAUAUUCACAUGAGAAUUCACACUGGAGCAAAGUCAUCUGUGUGAGAAGAGUUGGAAAGCUGGUCUCGGAGCUCAUGUUCAUCGCUUUCACUGUGCCGUGAGGAAAUUGAACUGAUCUGGAAGGAGAUUUCUAAGGGUUGACUCUAGUGCUUGGUGGUAUACUGGUUCAUACCGAAUAUCUGUGUUUAUUUUACUUAUGAUAUGAAUUUCUAAAAUACCACAAUAUGUAUUUUUUUUUUUGUUAC